CCGGGCUGUCUGACAAGAUCCAAGUAUCAAGCUUAUUUUUGUCGACUGCUUCUCUUUCGUAAGAAAGGAAAAUAUACUGACAGCCUCUUCUUUCUCUCAGAGGGGAUUCUCUAGUCUUCUCUAAAAGGCCGUAGUCCAAGAAGAGCCCCUUCCGGCUGGCCUUUCCUUCAGGCAGUGCCGCUGGCAGCCCUCAGGGCCUCGUAAGGCGCGCGCCACCACCACGCCUCUUUCUUUUCGGCCGGAACCGCCAUCUUCCAGUAAUUCGCCAAAAUGACUAACACAAAGGGAAAGAGGAGAGGUACCCGUUACAUGUUCUCUAGGCCUUUUAGAAAACAUGGAGUUGUUCCUUUGGCUACAUACAUGCGGAUCUACAAGAAAGGUGAUAUUGUAGAUAUCAAGGGAAUGGGCACUGUUCAGAAAGGAAUGCCCCACAAAUGUUACCAUGGCAAAACUGGAAGAGUCUACAAUGUCACCCAGCAUGCAGUGGGCAUUGUUGUAAACAAACAAGUUAAGGGCAAGAUUCUUGCCAAGAGAAUUAAUGUACGAAUUGAGCAUAUUAAGCACUCAAAGAGUCGAGAUAGCUUCCUAAAACGUGUGAAGGAAAAUGAUCAGAAAAAGAAGGAAGCCAAAGAGAAAGGUACCUGGGUUCAGCUGAAGCGUCAGCCUGCUCCACCCAGAGAAGCACACUUUGUGAGAACUAAUGGAAAGGAGCCUGAGCUGUUGGAACCCAUUCCCUAUGAAUUCAUGGCAUGAUAAGUGUGGAAAAAAUAAAAGACUUCUAUACUGAUAAAAAUGUUGAAUUCAUUGGGUGAUGUCUUUACUAAAGGAAUUUAGUGGGGGUUUCUUUCUGGCUGAAAGACGUGAGGUGGCUUAUUUGCAACAAAGAAUGUACUCCAUUGAUUAGGAAACAGCAUUUGUUGCAUUAUAGUUAAGCUCAAGGAAAGUUGAUUACUUACAAUUAGAUCAUAAAUAGCUGUGGUUUAGGGAUCAGAAACUUGCCUUUAAAGGCUCAUACUUAAAAAUAGAUUGUUUCAAGUACCCUUUGUGAACUACAUAGUACUGAGUUGCUUCCACCUGUCAUGCAACAUGGCUUAGAAAAUAAUAGUGUUUGGUAAUUUGGAACUAGAAUACCUUUUUUUCCUCCUAAGGAUAAACAUCUGUAUCACAUUUAAUAUGGUGUGUUGCAUUCUAAGCACUUUACAUGUUUAGCCCAUUUUACAUAAAAGAAAGCUGAGGCAACAUUAACUUGCACAAGGAGAUUCAAACCCAGGCAGUUUGGCUCCAUCAUCAGGUCAUAGUCACUAGUGUUAUAUUGCUUCAUAUUAAUGGGAACAUUUUAAAGCUACUUUGUAUAGUUGGAGCACAUUUGAGUUAUUCUGUUAAUUCUUGGAUA